CAUCAGAGCCCCGUUGCCAGGUGACACCUGUUAGCUUAGCGCUGCUAGACGUUAGCUUAGCGGUGCUACAAUGAGGCGACGGGGACACACUCGGGAAAGUGAAAUAGGAAAAUGUUUGUCGCAGAUGUGGGAGGAAGAGGAGGAGGAGAAGGAGAAGGAGGAGGAGGAGCAGAACAGCGCAGCUCUCGACAACGAGGACAAUCCGUCUCAGAUCCAGAGACGUGGACACUUUGGGAUUAUCACGAUGGAUCAGGACUCUGAACUGGAGACGCUCACCACAGUGAGAGCAACGUACGUCGCUCCGAAGAGUCACGACGUGAGGCUGAAAGGCAUCAGAGGCGAGCUCAUGGAAAAACACUUGGCCCAGAGGAUAAGUGAAAAGAUUCGAGCUGAACAGAAUCCACCGACUCCCAAAACGGACUUCUGCUCCACGAGCCAGAGGGACUUCAGUGUGACGGGAUUUGUUCCUCUCAGCCUGGAAACAACACAAGUUCAUGAUUAUAAAACGGACGAGGCGAUUACAUUCUGGAGUGAAAACCAGCAGCGAGUAGAGGGUGUGACCGCCGUCGAGACCCCGACAUCACCUUUCAGGAAGUCGGCGUUUUUCACCAAACCAAUCAGCGAGCGGCUGGAUGAAACAAAGCCCCCCCCCGACAACUGAGAUAGUAUGUCACAUUACAUCACUGCUUUACCAGUUAUCAAUAAGGCUUUAGAGUGAAUCAGCCCUGCAGCGAGACGUCAAGGACAUCAGCGUAAUCACUGUGUGAUCGUUGAGAAUCACCGUCUAACAACUCUCACGGCCGAGGCUGAAUUCUCUCCCUCUGUGAAUCCAAACAAAGAUGAUGGACAGAACUGACAUUCACAGUGUUGCUGCUCAGUUUGAACUAAAUCAAAAGGUCAUAUUGAUAUUUUAUAUUUUAUAUUUAUCUUCUGUUGUGAACGAUUAGCAAAGAACGAUUUCAUUAAUGUUUAGAAAUGGAGUCGGAGCUUUGCUAACGAGCGAAGAUGCUUUGAAGAGUCGGAGGAUUCUGGAAACACACAACAGCGAUUAGUGACCUUGGUUGUGCAAGAGAUUCGUCUUUCAGAAAAACAGAUGCUUGGCUCUGUGACUUGAAUGAACUGCCCAGACACUUGAUCUUGGUCCUAUUACAACAUCUGUAUAGAGUUAGGUGGAGUUAUAGUAUUAAGUAUAAGUAGUUUCCUUAUUAAACCACAUUUAGAUUCACUGGAUUCACAUUUUUAUCUGGAUCUGCACCAAAUUGCACAGACUCAUAAAUAUCCGUCCCUAACAAAAUCUAACAAAAUCGGUCACAUCUGUCAUAAUGUCUGCAGUCUCCCAAGUUUUAAAAAAAAAAUCAGCUGAUUUGAAAACCUUCUACUGUGCAGCAGUUAUGAAAGAACCUCAUAAUUUUCUGAUCUCUUUAACCUCAUUUACUGUCUCAAUAAAGAUAAAAACAUCCACUUUU